ACUUUCUCUCUCUAACGUUAACUCUCCCUCUCCCUCUCUCUCUCUCUCACACACACACAGACACACAGAGAAUUUUCUUCUUUUUCCGAUUCCUUUUAUUUAUUGGCGUUUUCCAACUCCGUUCAUUUUCCCGGAAAAUAUUUCCUCUCUCGUAUUGAUGUCGGAAAAGGGUCGGCCACUUCCAAAAUUUGGUGAAUGGGAUGUCAAUGAUCCUGCCUCAGCUGAGGGGUUCACAGUGAUUUUUAAUAAAGCUAGGGAUGAGAAAAAGACUGGUGGUAAUCCUGAGUCACCAGGAAAGACUGCUACUAAUCCUCAGAGCAAACCUGCAUUAGAUCCUGGCAAAGCUCAGAAUAAAAAAUGGUUUUGCUGCAUAAACCCUCCUGCAGAAUCAUAGCAAUUGUUGCUCCAGUGAAAAGCUUGAACAGAAGAACAAUGUUUAUGUGUUACUAGCCCCACAGUAUUUUCUCAAAGAUAGGAGCUGUAGAGCCAUAAGUGAAUUCUGCUGGAAUUUAGAUUAUGUGCUGUAAGAGUGAGCUGCAGUGGGGGAAAGCAAAGAAGACAGAUUAUUAUUUAUAUGUGUGUGUAUCAAUGUUGUGAUUUAUUUUUAGGAGCCAAGGUUGCUUCCUGUUUUGCCUUGUUUGCGCUAUGAGCUAGAGCGUUGUCACAUUGUAUUCCUUGUUGAAUUAUCAAACAAAUACUAUUUUAUGAACCCAUUUAUAUCCUUGAUUUCGUUGCCUGGACAAAGCUUGCAAUUUGGUACGUGCCUU